CGGCCGAGACCAAUCAGCACCUUGACUUGGCCCAAGCUCCCCCCGCUCCAAAUUGCCGUGGAUGGUACGAUUGAGUUGCCGCAACGCACGACACUUCCCAAACGUCACCGUUCUACGAAACUUUAACAAACCCACUAAACUUUCCUCGUUGAAUCUUUACCAAUUUUACCUCAUUGUGCCCUCUUGUCUUCAUAUUUUAACCAUCGCACAGUACAUAAGUAAUCGUCAAUAUGGGUGAAGGAUCAGUGCUCUUUACUUUAGCACCAUACCAGGUCCUAUCCUACGGCACACUUCUCGGGACGCAGGUUUUCCACACUUUCUUCAACUCCAUAGCCUCCUUCAAAGUCCUCGAGCGGCCUCAGUUCGCCAUCCUUCAGCGCGCCGUCUUUCCCAUAUACUUUGGCAUUCAGACUGCUAGCCCCGUAGUUCUAGCCCUGACAUACCCGGGUAGUAAGAGCGGCCUCGGUGUGCCCUCGAGUCUCGUCGGUGUAUUGCAUGCAUCGAACCGCUGGGGUGUGUUAGUACCUCUCGGGACCAUAUUUGCGACGGGCCUUUUGAACCUGGCCUACCUACUCCCUGAGACGAACAAGAUCACCGCCCUAAGGCGAGAGCAAGAGACGAAGGACGGAAAAGCCAGCUACGAUGCGAAACCGCAUUCGAAGGAGAUGGCUGAAUUGAACAAGCAAUUUGGCAAGAUUCACGGCAUCUCAUCGCUAGCGAACCUCAUCACCUUAUUAGCAACCGUCGUCUACGGCAUCAACCUAUCCGCCAGGCUCGAAUAAGGCGAAGGUGUACCAGUGUCUAUAUGUAACGAAUCACGUGUAUAUGAAAGAAAAGUUGAAACGUCGGACGUCGAUCAAGUAUCUCAAAUUGGAAC